UGAAGAACUCAUCCAUGUCUUUACCCACAAGAAAGCUAGGAAGGGGAAGGUGAUUAUUUUCCCUUAUAGUCAUUGCGCUUAUUUUACUUGUCUGCUUAUAUAUAUAUACAUAUAUAUAUAUAUAUAUUUGACUGUAGCAUCCCAAUCUCUAUAAAAAACUAUUAUGUCAUUUCAUUUUUGAGAUUGUGAAUCUAACUGAAGACUCGCCGAAUCCCAACACAAGUUUAUCUCUCUAACGGUCCCAGAGCUACAUAUAUCACGACCCGCAGUUCUUUGUUCAUCAACCGCAAUCUAUUUUGGUUUCAUUAACGCUAACACGAUAAGAACUUUAAAAAAAAAAUUAUUAUUAGCCAGACUACCACCUGAAAAAUUAAUUUAAUUUUUGCAUUGUUUUUACAUUAUGACGUCUCUUUGAGAGUACAUUAUCUUCAUUCAGCUUUGUGUUUUUAGGAAUUGCUCUUUGACAACCCUGAGAGUGAAUAACUAUGACGUAUCCCAUUAAGUAUUAAUGACAGUAAGACUUAAUAGGCCAUAUGACAAGCGCGUGUCUUCAAUCAUUUCGUUCACUAUAAUAUAACGUCAACGACGCCGCAAAUUCAAUUUGCCCCAAGGCAUUGCACCCUCCUAGCGCCGGAUCUGGCGAAGGACCAGAGUCGACGGUGUAGUGACAAUCACAGACGUGAUAAAUUAUCUCGAAAAGUAAAAAGUGGGAGACGUCUGGAAAUUAGGGGUAGGCUUCUUGAAGUUGGAAGAAACGAAAAAUAUAUUUAAGGGGACAUGAACUUGGUAGGCUAAAUUUUCUCGUAAAAAUGUUUUGACACAGAUGUUAUUAUUAGAUGGGGAUGUCCAUGGGAUGAUAGGCUAAUCUUUUUGAAGUUUGUUAACGAAAAUGUUGCAAUCACGACAGAAGUGGACAGGGUGAAUUUCACUACAGAACUGCAGGCCCUUUUGAUUAGCCCAAAGCUAGGCAAACUUUUUUUUUUCAUGCGCAUGCCCUUCCAACCAUUUUGUGGCACACCACAAAAAACAUCCAUUAAAAAUAGACUAAACAACAUAAAAUAGUUAUUAUUCAUAAUACAGUGGUACCUCGAGAUACGAAUUUAAUUCGGUCCGCAACCUUGCUCGUACGUCAAUUUGCUCGUAUCUCAAAGCGUUUUUCCCCAUUGAAAUUAAUUGAAAUGCCAUUAAUCCGCUCCAGUCCCCAAAAUGCCACCCUAGUUGUUUUUGUUACGUGUUUUUGAAUAAGAAAAAUGUAUUUAUAAAUGACAAAUAUUGCUGCUUCUCCGUCACCCACACCAUCAGCAGUUUCUUCAUCUUUUCAUGGAGAGAGGUCCAGAGCUUAGAAAUUAUUGUAACGCCCUGAGCUGGCGUUAUACCCUUUAUCGACUCUUUCUGAUUAAGCACAAUAGAUAUCUUUGAAGUACUGCGCCCGUACAGCCUCGCCAAGUCAGGCACUCGCACACCUUCCUCGUGUUUUUUCUAUGAUUUCGCGCUUUAAUUCAAUAGACAUCAUCUUUUCUGAGCACUAACAUUUCCACCCACUUUCUUCGGACCCAUGGUUAUAAAAAGAAAUGUGAUUAAGUACUGUAAAUGGACAAAAAGCACAAUACGCGAGCACACCUUAUCAAAGAUGCUUCGACAGCGAGGCAAACAAGCACACUGACUGGGGCACUGGAUAAUGUGAGACGCACGAGACACGACUGGUGUGUCGUGUGCGGCCGGUAGACCCGCUGAUCCAGUUCCUCGUAUCUCAAAUAUUUCUCGUAUUUUAAAGCAAAACACCGCUCGCUCGACGGCUCGUAUCUAAAAAAUUUCGCAUUUUAGGGCCCUCGUAUGUCGAGGUACCAGUGUAUGUGAUAUAAAAUACAUUGUAUUUCUGUAUAUUAACUGUCUGUUUUGAAAACAUUUCUGUUACCGGUACUGCAGAGUUUGACAGUUUGGUAAAAGGCUAACAUGUGCCUUUUGUAUCAAAAGGAUUUAGACUAGAGACCGAUCAAUUUUCGGCUUCGGCGCCGAAAGUGGCCAUUUGAUCACUUUUGGCCUAAUUUCGGUUUUGGCCGAAACCGAAAAGUUAAAUUUUGGUUUAAUUUCGACAUCGACCGAAACUGAAACGUUAACUUUUGGUUUAAUUUCGGUUAGGGCCGAAAAUGAUUGAGACUGGCUGAAAAUGACUGGGGUUUUUGGCUGGCAAUCCGAUAUUCAUUAUUGCUCGACGUCUUGCUGUCAUCGUAUGUCAUAUGACUAAUACUCUGCGAAAACUGCUCACAGCUGCAUAAUGGCCUACUUUUCCUUUAUUUCCAAAAAAUAAAUUUCAAUUAUGCCUACACAAAUGUAAACAGUUUUGUGGAAGAAAAGCUAAUGUAAUGGUAAUAUUUUUAUAUCAUUAUUUUUGUUUUAAUUUUUUCAAAAAUAUUGAUAAUUUCCCCAUCAUUUUUUGAUGUAUGCAAAAUUUAUGCGUGGACGAAUUUCAAAAUACCUAAAUAUUUCAGUUUCGGCUUCGGUUUCAGUCGAAAGUCUCGUUAAGCUUUUUGUUUUGGUUUCGGCCGAAAUCAGAUAAUCUUUUUCGGUCAGUCUCUAAUUUAGGCUAUUUACGAGCCUACAUAUGAUAUGUUUUUUAUCGUCUAGGGGGGCAUUUUGAGUUGCACCCCUGCCAUCAUCUUGUGGCACACCAUGAUGCUGUGGCACAUCGAUUGUGGAGCUCUGGAAUAGGCUAUAGAUAUAAAAGCAGACGCACAUUUCAAUUUACAAUCUGAAAAUCACCCAGUCGUUAUUAUUUAUGAAAUUUAAAAAAGAAAGUUUUUUUUUUUUAAAUUAGAAGACGAUUGGAGCAGCAAUUAUCUUUUUUUUUAAAAUUGAAAUAGGACGAAGUAAUCAGAUUGCAGCUCAUCAUUAGAUAAAUAUGCUACUACAAAAGUUAUAUGUCUGAUUUGGGGCCAGGGGACAGAGGUCUGUGACGUAAUAUUUUAUUGGUGGGGUCUAACUUUGGACGAUGGGUGAGGGUGGGGUAGAAAAAUCAUCCAAAAUGGUGCAGAAUAUUUAGACAUAGUAACAAGAGGAUGCCUCGUCUGCAAAUGGAUUAUACGGAUCUAUAAUGAAUAGAACCGGAAACUGUUUCAUUACUUCCUGUGACUUAUCCGUUUGUUUUCGCAAAAUUUUUUUUUUACCUCAAACUUACUCACUUACUCAUUAUCCUCGACUAGAUAAUUAUUUUUGAGAAGUUAUUUUUUGUAAAAAAUAACAUAAUAAAGGUAUUUAUUAUAAUAAGUUAAUAUUUUCUCUUUAACUUAGUUGAGGCAUAAUUAUACUUAAAUAAUAAUAAUAAUGUAAGAGUUCAAAUUCAAGUCUAAUGGUUAGGCCUAAGGCUAAGGCCUAAGGCUAAGGCCAAGGCUAAGGCCUAGGCUAAGGCUAAGGCAAGGCUAGGCCUCUUAUAACUACUUUCUACUAGUAGUACUAGGCCUAGGGUGUUUUUUUUUACACCGGCUCCGGGUAAUUAAAAAAAAUUCCCGGUGGGUCCAAGUGUUGACCAAAAAAAAAGUUAACUUCUAUAAGACAGUCUAUGCACUCCAUCCAUCGUCAUUAGUAAAUUUAGAUAGGUACUUGGGUAAACCAGUUUUCUGCUAGUGUCAAAUAAUUACAGAGUUACGUGCCCCUUGUUCAACUUUUUGUCCACUUCAAAAUGUAAACAUUGCAUAUGCAUUGGGAAAAAAAAUGUGUUUUGUGGUUGUUUCUUUAUUAAAUAAGUAGUAUGAUAUAUCAUUUUAAAGAGAAUUGGAAGCUGAAUAAUACUGUGUCUUCAGAUUUUUAAUCACGUUGAAAAAAAAAAAAAAAAAAGUUGAAUUAAGUAAAAAAAAUAUGUUUUGUGGUUGUUUCUUUAUUAAAUAAGAAGUAUGAUAUAUCAUUUUAAAGAAAAUUGGAAGCUGAAUAAUACUGUGUCUUCAGAUUUUUAAUCACGUUGAAAAAAAAAAAAAAAAAAAGUUGAAUUAAGCUAAGUCUACUACUUAAUUUCUCGUAGAGACUCCACCAGACGCGAUUUUCAUGAUAACCACUGUUUAGAGCAUCCAAUUAUCUACUAGAAUGGGCAAAUUAAAAGUCCCUCCAACCUACCCCAACAAUUUUAUUAAAUUUUCAAAACAGUCACCACAUGGGUGUUUCUUCCCUGGAUAUCAUUUUCAAGAAGGCCGAAUCCACCUCAGCAAAUCAUUUUUAAAUCUUAAACUUAAGCAAUCUGAUUAAUAAACAAUGUUAAAAGCAUUAUUUUAAGUUAUUUGAGAUUAAUAUUAUUAACAAUGAAUACAUAUGAAUAGAUAUUUAAUUGUAUUUCUUUAUUUAAAUAGUGAAACUUCCACUCCCACAUAAUAGGUCUAUUAGGGAGUUUGGCCUUAACUACCUGACACAUUUGUAGCAUGGAAAUAUUAAGAAAAAUAUAUUUUAUCUUCAUAAUAGAUUUAAAAUUAAGAUUUCUUUAGUAUUUAGAUGAAUUGAUACUUUGAAAUGCUUCACACACACAAAAAUACUUUGUUUUAUCUUUUUAAAGGCCAAUCAAAUGACAUCAUUAAUAAUUAAAUGUUAAUCAUAUUGGCAAUUUGUAGGCCUUAGUUGAAGCAUCACAAUUUUUUUUAAAUUGUAAGGAUUCUAUGAAAAACUAAUGCUACACUUAGCAAAAAGAAAAUAGAAUUGAAAGAUAUCCCCCAUGCAAUAAAAACUCCUACUAUAAUCUACAUAUUGUACAUAUAAUAUCCGAAAAUUGAUUUGCUAUCGGCGAUAUAGAAUAAAUUAAAUUUUUUAAUGGACACAUUGGUUCACCCUUCCAUAUGCUACUUAUUAUUUUUCCCAUUUUCAAUACGAACAAUUUGAUAUACAUGACCCUAUAUUUUGAAGAAUAUUGUUCAUGUUGUGUUCAUAUUCAAAUAUGACAUAUGGAAAUUUUACGGCCAUUUUGAAUAUUAAUGAGCUCAUCUUGUGUACCAUAGAAUUUAUUGUAUGACGUCUGUUUAGAUAAUGUUAAGACGAUCAUGGAUAUAUAUGGUUUGUUAUGGUUAUCUUCAUUAAGUCAUUAAAUAACUUCAAUUUACUGCUCUUUUUUAACAUCUCUCCCAAAUCUCUGCCCAAUUUUUAUUUUAGUCACUUUUACAUGUUCCUAUAUGUCUCAAUUAACAGAGUUAUCCCAAAAUAAUUCACGAAAAAAAUCAUAACUUUCUUUAGAAUUGACCUACAAACAUAAAUUUGGUAUCAAUGAAUUGCAUUUUUCAUGCCUAUCUAACCCACUAGCUCUUAAAGCCAUAUCUUCAUUUUGAAAAUUUUACCCAAUUACCUAAUUUAGAUGUCUGCUGGCUGGAAAAGGAAGAAAAAACAAUGCAUGCAGCGGCAUGCUCACAAAGUGACAAAAUGAAACCACCACAUUUAAAAUUAAAAUGUACCCUUUGACUCCAAUACCCUAGAUUAAGUGUUAAGUGUAUCUUUGAGUCUGCCUUAAGUAAGGUGGUUCAACAAAUCAAAGUUGAAACUAUUCAUUUGCACUUACACUUAAGUUUAAGUUUGGUAAGAACGGGUUUGUAACAUACUCCAUCUCAUGAACAUGGAAGGAUGUCAAUAAAUAUUAUAAAUAAACUAACUAGGGAAACGCAACCACGUUGUGUGAGUAAAAUAAUGUCCAUUCCAUGUUUGGAGUUACCGAAUACAAAACUUACACCUCUGAGGCAGUAUUCAGACUCCCCUGAGGCAGUAUUCAGACUUCACUGAGGCAGUAUUCAGGUUUCAUAACAACUUUUGAAAUUUUUUGUGUCUUUUUUUCACUAAAUACUAAAUGGAAUUAAAGAAGCAAAGGUUCGUUGGCUUCACUUUGUCUAGGGGUCAUUAUAUUAAUUACACAAACCAUUGAUACUUAGAAUAAAGUAUCUUUAUUAACCAAACUACAUUGUCAACUGCCAUAACUCGAUCAAAACAAACUACAUCACAAAAAUAUGUCAUUUACCCUUACACACAAUACGUCACAAAAUAACAAACGUAAUAGUUAAAGCAACACAUAUACUCUCUACCCAACAUGCAAUCACAACAUACAUUCAAGUCCUUAACAGAGUAGAUUAUUGACACUUUCUUGAAUGGCUUAUGAGGUUGAUUCCGAAAUGGCAGUCUCAGCUGCACUCCCCACAGGAGAACUUUGAGUUAUGGUUUACUUAGGCCUUCUUUUAUGCCCCUUUUGUUGCCCUUUUGUUGCAAGGGCUUCAUUUUGUGCAUCUUCUGCUUGAUUUCCAUAUAUCUUGCUGUGUGCCCGCCAGAACAGCUUCCCUCAUGUUUCUUUUGCAUAUGUCCUGAAAAGUGCAGGUCUUGCCCCCUCUGCCGAUCAAUAGGCCUUGAAAUACAGCCUUCCUCCACUCUCCUUUCAUGGCCUAACCAGCAAAGGUUGGAGAACAUGCUUAACUUUUGGCACAUACCAGGACCCAGUGUUAUGCACUUGGUCCUGCCAUCGAAUGUGCAGAAUGCAUUGCAGACAACUUUGGUAGAUGCUGUUGAGUUUCUGCACUCAUCACUGGCCUAUUUUGUCCACACUUCACUGCCAUAUAGGAGUAUACCGAAAAAACAUGCUUGAUAGACACUUAUUUUUGUGGUUUUGGUGAGUUUAGACUUGUUCCACACCUUCUUAUUCAAUUUGCUGCUGCUUUUGGGAUCCUGAUGUUCACCUCUUCAUCAAUGGCGAGUGAGCUAGAGAUAUUAGACGCAAGGUAUUUGAAGAUUUUAACUACUGUGCAUCAAUGUUCCCUCUAAGGUUUGCUGGUUUUUGUGCAAAAUCAUACAGUUGUGUGCAAAGUUUUACAGAAUCAAUUUUUUGUGUGCAAAAUUUUACAGCCCACAAACACACACACACAGAAAUUACAUAAAUGAACUUAAGUGCAAAAACUUUUAUAUAAAUAAAUAAAUAAACUAUAACUAAAUAAUUAUAAUAAGAAAUGUCACAAAUAGUUCAAUCAAAGCUAUAUUUAUUUCUAUUAUUAUUUAUCCCGUCAUUGGGUCAAGCAACUAAAUUCCAACACACCCACUACCAAUGGCCACUAGUCAUUUGAUUGAUUCAAUUCUGGAGAUACUCUAGCUUCUGUCUUUCAACGAUAUCCAUCUUUUAUACACAUCGUCAAGGUUGAUCUGAUGUCCAUCAUUCUGAUACAAUUUAAUCCUCAUAUGCAUGUCUAAAUGUCAUUCUUCCAGCCUAUUUCUAGACUUUAUUUUUAUUUUAUUCAUUAGGCUGAAUCCACGUUCAUAAUGGGCACUUCAUGCAAGAAAUGUAGCACAAAUAUCCAACAGAAGGGCAAUGUUGCAGAACUGCUCAUCAUUUACAAAUCGAACCAUCUCGUCGAAAGUCUGCAUCAACCCAUAUUUCAUUUUUUCUGCAAGCACAAACCUUAAGCUACGAUACUGAUCCUCAGCUUUCUGCAGAAUGUCGUCAUAGUUUUCCAGGAAUGCUGGAUAUCUAGAAACCAGUGCUGAAGUGUUGAUUAACGCUGAUAUCUCAAAGAUUCGCCGUUGCAUCAACUCACUUAUUAGCAAGCAAUUCAGCAACCUCUUUGGGCCAUUGCACAUUUUCACCAUGGUACUGGGCAGAGAGCUUAGCGAUCCUUGCUUUUACAAACUGGUAUGCCUCGAUGGUCAAAAGAUUUUUUCUUUGUAGCAGCUUGCAUAAUUCAGCAAGUUCACCACUAACUUCAUCAAAAACAAUCAGUGCAGUUUGAAACUGCGGAUCCCUUAGUUUUUUCAAAUAGCCAAUAGGACAUUGUCAAUGGAGAUUUUCACCUGGUCAUUUUUAGUACUUUUACGUUGUGCCACUUCUUGUUUCAUGCCUUGAUCAGCUACACUUUCUGUAAGCAUUCGCAGUACACCUCCUGAUUGUAUAGAACAAAGUCUCUGUAUAGCAUCUAUGUGUAUUUUUGGUUGCUAUGCCGUUUAAGAUAAUCCAGCUUCCAUGCCUCCCACCCUUUCCCUGUGGAGAAAUUACCACCUACAUUAGCUUUGAAGCACAUCUCACUGACAAUAUCAUCAAUUUCCCCAUAUUUAAAAAUAUCACCCAGCUUUACAGUCCGCUCUGAUGAAAAAUCUGGUAGUGCUGCAUGCCCAAAUUUAAUCAGCCAUUCCGUUUUAAAAUUUGAUCGACACUUUUUAUUAGCAAGCGAUUAUGCUGACAGUUGACUUAACUGACGUUUUGACAUAAGGGUUAAAACCUUAUUAAAAAUAAUUAAAAACAUGGAUGUAUAUGUUAUAAAAGCUGUAUACGGUAAAUCUGUUUUGAAUUUUUAAAAUAAAAAUUUGCUGCGUGGAUACUCAAAAUUGCUGCGCGUCGUCUGUGAGAUAGCUGCGUGGCCGCGCAGCUAAAGGGAACAUUGUUUCCAUCAAUAUUUAUGUCUUGAGGGAUUUUUUGUGCCAUGGCAUUUGUUUUCUUAGACUGAUGGUCAGAAUAAACUCCUUCCAGGCAUGGUAGAGGCCAUUAACUGAACGCUGCAGUUCCUCUUCCAUGUGUCAUGUUAGGGCGGCAUCAUCGGCAAACAGCAUUUCAAAAUUUAGCACUUUUAUAAUCUUGGUAUUUGCAUGAACGCAGGCUUGACAGCCUACCAUCAAAUGUAGUAUGGAUGCACACUUUCUUCAGUGUACCUGAAGGAGCAUUGAGAAGAGUAUGGUACAUGUAUGUAGCCUUGAUUCCCUCUGCUGCUGAUAGGGAAUGCCUCAGAAACUAAGCUAUUGAAGCUGACUGUGGUGUGCAUGUUUUUGUGAAAUGAAUUUAUAAUUGCUCGGGGUUGUGGGGGUCAUGCAAUUUUAUGCAAGACACUGAACAGACCACCCCUUCUUACCAAGUAGUAGUAGAAUGCUUUGGUAAGAUCUAUGAAACCAAUGUAAAUUUAUAAUACACAAUACCAGCAUUAUAAUUUAUGCUUUAUUAUAAAUUAUUAUAUAAAAUUAAUAAACUUAUAAUUGAAAUAUAACUAUAGUAUUGGUAGUAUUUUAUAUUAUUCAUUAGGAUUUAAUUCUUAAUUACCGGGUUAAGGUUAGGCAAACAUAGUUCCUUUCCCCUUUUCCAGCGCACACAUAUAGUAUUGUAACUGUGAUGACAGAGUGGUGUUCCUUAUCUUUUUUACAGCACACGCUUAUAAAUUGUAACUGUGAUGACACAGUGAUCAUUUAAGUUAUUUUUCUAGUCAGUCCCAGAACAUGCCAAUGACAGGGGAAAGAAGUUCUCAGCCCGUAGAUCCUGCUGCAAAAGUGUGCAAAGAAAUAGUUCGUUGUGUCAACUUUGCUGCCAUCAAACAUAAAGACCAGCGAAGGAAAGAUGAAGCCCAAUCACCCUAUGUAAAUCACGUGAUUGGUGAGUAAUGUUGCUGUGAUAAGUAUAGUUGGGGGAUGAACUAUUAGGCCUCAAAAGCUAGUGCAGUGUGACAUGGGAUAGUGUUAGCUACAUUGUAGUUGCAGCAACGUUGAAAUUGAUCAUAGUUAAGUGCUUUGACCGUCAAUAACCUGUAUUAACUGUUAUCAUUUCAUGUCAACCAUUCUUUUCUUAAAUGAAGUGAAGCAAUUGAAAAAAAAAAAAUUUUUUGUUUGCAUUUUCCAGGUGUUGCUUACAUUCUCACAAGUGAAGCUGGGGUUUCAGAUGUCUCUGUUAUACAAGUCAGUCACUGCUUACAUAAAAUGUGUUUUUUUAAUGUUUUAAGUUUUACACAUGUUAGGUAUCUCUACAGUUAACAGCAUUUACCAUAGUUUUUAAAAUAGGGUUGUUUUUUUUCCCCGGUGUUAUGGUGUAUAAAAAGUAUACUCUUACAAUGUCAGCAUUGCUUAAUAUUUUUUUAAAUUCUGAGCAAAAAUAGGAUAGUUGAUGAAAAAAGAUCAGAAAAAUAGUUUUACAGUAACCUCUAAUGAAGUACCCGGUAGCCAAGAUCGUGACUCUCUACUUUUUUAAAACUGUAUUUUUACAUAAACAAAGCUUAAUUUAAAAUGAAAAAUUUAUUUUUAUUAAUGUUUAGUUUUAUUAUAUUUAUAGUCACUUUGCAAAUAAUCAUUGUAUUUCUCUUCCCACUUUAAAUUUGAUGAACAAUAUUUUUAAACAAUUUCUAUGUCAUUUUAAAAAUGUAAACCAUAACUCAGAUAGAGAUAAUAUUCAUUUAUUUAUUUUACAAAAAAAUUUGUUUCAAUAGGCUGCAUUACUCCAUGACACAGUUGAGGACACAAAUACAAGUUUUUAUGAACUCCAGGCAGAGUUUGGGGAGGAUAUAGCAAGUAUAUAAUGCUUGUGUGUUGUGGUCAUGUUUAAUUUUAUCAUCUUAUUGCACCAAGAAUUUCCCAGGGCUAUUUCCCUUUAUGCCAAGGUGGUUUUCUAGCAUGUAUAAGUAUAAGAAAUUAGAUUAUGUCUUUCAGAAAUUACAUCCUUUUAUGAUCUGAUUUUAAUAUUUUAAAUAUUUUAAAUAUUUAUUUAUAAAUUAGUGAACUUUUAUUCAGUGUGUUAUUUAUUCCUGAUCUAUUAAUGCUGAAAUUUUCAUCCUAAUUUAACUAAAAUAAUAUGGGGUCUACAAAAUAGUAGAUAAUUAAGGUCACCAAUAUAAUUAUAAAAUAUAAUAGAUUAAUAUGGGGGACUACAAAAUAGUAGUUUAAGGUCACCAAUUUAACUAUAAUAUAAUGAUUAGGGGGCAACAAGAUAGUAGUUUAAGGUCACCAAUGUAACUAUGAUUUAGAAUAUAAUAAUAUGGGGGGGGGGGACAAAAUAGUACAGUAGUUUAAGGUCACCAAUUGAACUAUAAUAUAGAAUAUAAUGGGGGGGCUCUUCAAAAUACUAGUUUAAGGUCACCCAAUUUAAGAGAUAAUAGUGUUCAAAAAUUCUUUAUAGAUAUGAAACUGAAGGAGAACCUUAUUUUUAAACUAAACACAGCUUUCAAAAAUCAUUGUUUCAAAAAACUUUUAAGAUUUAAAAUAUCUAGCACAUUGGUGAUGAAAGGGUAUGUAUCACCUUCACCAAACCACAAUGUUUGUACCGGUGCUCAACGUAGGUUUAGUUAGUUAGAUCUUCUUUGUUGAAGUAGUGUUUGGUUUGGUACUUACUUUACUUUAUUCCCAACUUUAUUCUUAAAAGUUAAUGCCACUUUAGAUAACGUUAACUUGUGUCUGCAGAUUUAGUCAAAGAACUUACAGAUGAUAAAUCCCUGCCCGCAGAAGAGAGGAAAAAGUUACAGGUUAUUCAUGCACCCAAGUCAAGUUACAGAGCCAAACUUGUGAAACUUGCUGAUAAGUUAUAUAAUCUCCGUGACCUCCGCCGGUCUCCCCCGGUAGGGUGGUCCAAGGAAAGAAUUCAGGAGUAUUUUCAGUGGGCAGCUCAGGUUGUGUCCGGUUUGAGAGGGACGAACAAACAAAUGGAGGAGAGUUUGUGUGAUCUGUUCUCUGAGCGUGGAAUUACUUUGUAAUGGUGUUUAUAAAAGUCCAAGCAAUAUGUUCACUGAGUCUUUUCUAAACAGCAUGGAUUUUUUCCUUAGAUGACAUUUUAAAAACAUCAGAAGGUAGCAAAGAGAGUUAAGUGAGAUUUGAAUAAAUUAGUCAUAUUAAAAAAAAUCAACUUCGUAUGUUGAAUUUGUGACAUCGGGUCACUGGAGAGAGAUCUGGAGUUUUUUCAUAAAUACAGGAUUUUAAAAAAAAUUGUAUUCGGAUCAUCAAUUCUUUGUAGCCCUUUUGGCCCUAGAAUAUUAAACAUUUUACAAUUGUCAGCAACUAACUGGUUUUUCAUAAUUUUUUAAUAUUAAUUUCUAUUUCAACUAAAGUUUGACAAAUUUCCAGUUUAAUUAUUAAUUAUUUAUAAAAAUCAUAUUUUGAACUUUUGCUGGAAUAGACAAAAAAUAUGAGAUCAGAAUUAUGCUACGCUGAUUCACUCUGAAAUUUUUAAGAGGAAGGAAAAAGAAAUAAAUUUGAAUGCCUUAAUGUUAUAUUUACCAGAUGAAUACAAUAUUUCCAUUUAAAAAUUUAAAAAAGUGAUCUUUGUCAAAAGAUUUUUUUUUUGCCACUUGUCCAAAUCUGCCUUUGAUGUUGGAGAUGUUUUUACAACAAAAUCCAACAGGCAUUUUUAUGAACGGAAAUGUUGGUCAAGGUGUUGUUGGUUGUUUUUUUUUAAAAGCUUAUUAUUCAAUAAUUGAACAAAUUUUCUGGUUUAAAUAACUUUGCAGUCUUGUGCUAGUAAGUUAUUGAACUAUAAAAAACAUGGGAGUGGAGCUUUUCAGCCUCAAUAUUCCUUCAAGCCUUGGAUAAAGUUUUGGAUUUAACUUACAAAUCUAACUAACGUACAAGUGUUUUCAUUCAGUUAAUUUUAACAUGAUGGAAAGCAUCGAUAACAGACGUAAUGAAGACCAUGUAUCUGAAGAUAUUAUUUGUUAUUUAUUUGCUUUAAAAAAACAAAAAAACAACGAUGUAUUAAAAAAUAAAAUUACAUUUUAAUAGCACUAUAAAAAAAAUAUAGCAAAAACAGCAUUAUAUAAUAUGUAUAUAUAAAUAUGUAUACCAUUUCUGAAUAUAUACUGAUAUAUGUGGUGAUAUGUUGAACAGGAUCCUUUUUGACAUGGGCUUUGCUAUGUAGAAUGACAUUAAAAACUAAAAUAUUGAAUGCUCGUAAUCAAGCAUGGUAUUUCAGUUGUAUAUUUCUAAUCUAUCCCAUUCAAACUGUUGAGCCAGAUUUUUGUGUGAUUUGUAUUGUAUAUGGAUAAUAUAUGAGGGACGUGGGUUCUAGCCAUAUAAGGUAAAAAAAUAGUGGAACAAGAUAUGUUUAGACUUGAAAAUAGAAGAGAUGAUAAUUAAGCGGACAUUUCAGCCAGAUGCCUUUUUCAGCAGACGAAACAAAUACAAUAAAUAACAGAUAAAUUAAACUUUUUUAAGAAUAAAUAAAACUUGUUUUUUCAAAUAUCUCACAGUAUAGUCAUUGUUCCACUAUUUAUUUACUGUGUUGUUUUAUAGUAGUUUACAAUUGUUUAAUAUCAACAGCAGAGUUUUGUGCAUAGUAGCUUCUAGCAAAAUAUUGUUUGUUUUACGAUAUGAUCAUAAUUCUGUAUGCUCUAUGAAAAUGUGUUAUUUACCAUGAUGAAAUUGUACAAAUAUCUUCAUAUUUUUUUUUUUAAGCAGGGGGGGGGGGGAAGACCAAAUAAAUUCUACUAACACCGUGAGGUGUUCCUGAUAAAUAUUGAUAAAUAGCUGAAACUAAUUUCUUAUAAAAUUUAUUAAAUUAUUUCCCUUUCUGUUCACGUUUUGGUUUAAAAUAACUUUUCACUCUCAUUGGUAUCACCGAUCGUUUGUGUGUUUUUAAUCAUUCUGAAGUUUAAAGCUUAUUGGUUAACAUUCCGGAAUUAUAUUUUUGACGGUCGACUCCAACAUUAUUUUGUGGGUUGUUGUUUUUUACCCCAGUGCUUCUGAAAUGUAGGAGAUAUCAGGGUGGGCUUUCAGAAAAGAUACAAUAUCUAUACACAAGAUUUUUAGUUGUUUCUAUCUUUUACCCUAAAAAUAAUUUUCAUUUAUUGGCAUGGUUCAGGGUAGGAAGUACCACUCUUGAGUCGGCUUUGAAUGCUUAGCACAGCCUAAUUUUACUUGUUACUCCUAUCCCGACAACUUCAGACAAUGUUGAGGCCUGUUGAUUUGGGAACGGUUUGAGAAGCUUGUAUGACUAUG